UUUGGAAACGAAAAUAGUGAAAACUAGUAUCGCGGAUGUAUGUAUGAUUAUGUUUGUCCAAACUAAAUGCUUUCGUCAGAUGGUAUCAUUCAAGUCUUGUAAAGGAACGAUUAUGAUUAUUUGUCGCGGUUUUAGGCAGACUCGCAAACUGACUUGUAAUGAUACAAAAAUGCCGUUCACACCUGUUGAGACACCGAAAUGCCCAAAAUGCGGCAAAUCCGUUUAUGCCGCUGAAGAGAGAGUAGCUGGUGGUUACAAGUUCCACAAAACCUGUUUCAAAUGCGGACUAUGCAACAAAGCCUUGGACUCCACAAACUGCACAGAACAUGAAAAAGAACUGUUUUGCAAAAAUUGCCAUGCCCGUAAAUAUGGACCAAAAGGCUACGGCUUCGGAGGUGGUGCUGGAUGUUUGUCGAUGGAUACUGGUGCACAUUUGAACAGAGAUGACAUUGAUGGUGUGCGCAAUGGGGCACGCUUGGAGCCACGAGCAAUAGCUAAAGCUCCGGAAGGACAAGGGUGUCCCAGAUGUGGAGGUUACGUCUAUGCGGCUGAACAGAUGUUGGCACGUGGCAGACAAUGGCACAAGGAGUGUUUUAAGUGUGGAAACUGUUCCAAAGGCCUAGAUUCAAUCCUUUGCUGCGAAGGUCCGGACAAAAAUAUUUACUGCAAAGGCUGUUAUGCCAAGAAAUUCGGACCCAAAGGCUAUGGAUAUGGUCAAGGCGGUGGUGCACUUCAGUCUGACUGCUACGCAAAUGGUGAUAUGGCGCCAAAGGUUGCAGAUAUAGAUGUUGGAAAGAUACAAGCUCGCCCAGGCGAAGGCUGCCCGCGUUGUGGUGGCGUGGUCUUUGCUGCAGAGUUGGUGCUAUCGAAGGGUCGCGAAUGGCACAGGAAGUGUUUCAAAUGCAGAGAUUGUACAAAAACUUUGGACUCUAUCAUUGCGUGCGAUGGACCUGACAAAGAAGUGUACUGCAAAACUUGCUAUGGAAAGAAAUGGGGUCCUCACGGUUACGGAUUCGCAUGCGGAUCCAGUUUUUUGCAAACCGAUGGCAUGACCGAAGAUCAAAUUUCCUCCCAGCGACCAUUUGUGUGUCCUGAUACUACGUCAAUAAAAGCACCUGAAGGCGAGGGCUGCCCACGCUGCGGCGGAGCUGUUUUUGCUGCUGAGCAACAGCUCUCCAAAGGUCGUAUGUGGCAUAGGAAGUGCUACAACUGCACUGAGUGUCAUCGCCCGCUGGACUCGAUGCUUGCCUGCGACGGACCUGAUAAGGAUAUUUACUGCAGGGCUUGUUAUGGCAAACGAUUUGGCCCGAAAGGAUUCGGCUAUGGCCACGCACCAACACUGGUGUCGACUUCUGGUGAAUCUACCAUUCAAUACCCCGAAGGUAAACCAUUCACUGGACCGCGUUCGUCGGGAGGCUGUCCACGGUGCGGUUAUGCGGUCUUCGCUGCUGAGCAAAUGAUUAGCAAAAGCAGAAUUUGGCACAAACGUUGCUUCCAUUGUGCUGAUUGUAGAAAGUCCCUCGAUUCAACCAAUUUAAAUGAUGGUCCCGAUGGUGAUAUUUAUUGCAGAGCGUGUUAUGGUCGAAAUUUCGGACCAAAAGGUGUUGGUUUCGGGCUUGGUGCAGGCACCCUGACAAUGACAUAAAGUACUUUUCCAAAUAAUAACUAUGUAUAAAUAUAUACAUAUACAUACAUAUGUACAUAUGUAAACGUAUAUGUAUGUGAAUACAUAUAAAUCCAAAGAAGAAAACAAAACACAAAAACGAACUUAACGAAACGCAAACGGCUAUAAUUUUCAGUACGAAGUAGGUAUUAAAAAACAAAAAAAAACUUAAACUCGACAAAAACAACGAUCUAAUUAAACGAAAACUCACGCCACAAAUUAGUUUACAUCGAGGACGAACGUUUUACUUUUAUUUAAAUCUCCUUUUUUGUAUGCGUGGAUAAAUUAAGACGUUUUUUUUUAUAUACUAUACAUACAACAUAUUUUAUAUCUUUUAUUCGUACAAUUCAUUCAAUAACUUUUUUCAUCAAGUUAUUUUAAAGACUGUUCUCUUAACCAGUACCGUGUAUCAAUAAUUUUUAAGAAACGUGUUGAAAUAAGUCAUUGAUUGGGUUGUCUGAAUAGCAACAUAUUUAAAAAAUUUCCUGAAUGCAUACUAUUAGAUUUUUACAUAUGUAUAUAUAGUAUAUUUAUAAAAAUGACAACAAAGUAUGUGUGUACGUGUAAUACAAAAGUUGUCGCCAAGUAUUUAUGUAUGAAAAAACUGUGCGUAUUUGAGAACAAAAUAUAGAGCGAAAGACCCUAACUAAUAAAAGUUAAAUUGUUUUCGCAGUCA